CGGGCUUUGAACAACGCGGCCCGGCAAGUUCGUGAAAGUAAUCGGUUCCUAUUAUAUAUCGCGAAAGGAUCACCAAGAUUUCUUUUCAAGAUCAGACACCGCGACGUUACCAUAGUCUUACGGAACCGUGUUGUCAUGGAAUUUAAAUUCUUGUUAAAGUAAACUCGUAAACGCCCAUUUUCCUGCAACCUCUUCGGAUAUUUUCCGAUCGAGAUAAAACAAUUACAGUGGUACCUCGAUAUAAAGAAGGGUCAAGAUAUGUUCCCUACAACGUAACUAUGUUUCGUUAGACUGUAUCGGGAUUUCUUUCCAUAUAUUUUACUAUUACUGGGGCGAAGAAUAUCGUUCGUUAUAACGAGGACUUCGUUAUAAAGAGGUUCGUUAAAUCGAAUUCUCACUGUAAACAGUUUAGCACACCCGAAUAAUAUCUCUUGUAAAUAAAAAAGCACAGUACGCAAUAACAUCAGACACUAUCUGCUCUCCAUGCAAGCUGACAAGUUAAACAUCGAUAUUUGCCAAUUUUAGUGACAGCCAUAUAUGGACGUGUGUUUAUAACAUCUUUUCCAUAAUACUGGCAUCUGGCUUUAUACAAGCAAUUAUAGCACAACUGGAUGGGCGAUAGCAAACGGUAUCAUCUUGUUUGGGGUAAUAAGCGUAAGUUUGCAUCUUUGUGGAUAAAUUUUGAUGAGUUAACUCAUUUAUCAUGUUUUCUGAUAUAAAAGUUGAUGUAAACAGAUGUACUUUAACUUCUCUCGAUGGAGGACUCUUUAUUGCUGUGAACUGCUUGAUAAGUGUUAUUGGAAGUUCAGGGAACAUCUUUGUCUGUCUCACCGUCCUGUUUACACCAAGGCUACAAGUUGUGUCAAAUUACUGCAUCGUGAAUUUAGCUUUGGCCGACCUCAUAGUCAAUGUACUGACUGAGCCGCUAGCUAUUGCGAUUUUUGUUGGUAAACUUCACGGCACAUGUUACGUGAGAGCUGAACACGCCGCUCGUUUUAUUGGAAAUUUGUCAUGUGCAUUAUCCUUAUUAACUCUGGCGACGAUGAGCUUCGAUAGAUGUUUCGUCAUCUUAAAACCUAUGAAAUAUAAACAGGUCGUCACCCCAACUCUUUUAAAGUCCAUGCUGAUAUUUUAUUGGUUUUUGGCGUUGAUUGUGCCCAUCUUGGACGCAUUUGUAGAAGACAAACUUGUCUACAUACAUUUUAUUCUUUGCGGGAUUAUUAUUAUGUAUUCAGUUGUAAUUAUCUGUUAUUCAGCAAUCUUCAUAUCUGUUCAAAAACAGAACUCUGUCAGGCAAAGAGAGCUUCAAAAUCACCAAUCUGCUAAUAACGAAAAGGACAAGAGACUCGCCAAGACUAUUGCGCUUGUCAUAGGUUUCUUCACAGUGUUUUGGAUGCCAUUUGGAUAUCACAUUGCUAAGAGCCCACAAAAAAAUUACGGACUCAGUUAUAUAGCUUCAGUUACAGCUAGUUUUGCAAACUCUGCCAUUAAUCCUUUAAUAUACUUUUAUAGAAACAAAUGUUUUCGCGAUGCUCUGAGAAGAAUUCUUAGUAACUGUCAUCGUAGACACAUAGUGAACCCUCUACGUGCAUCGCUACAAAACCCGACUAACAACAAUGCAACACCCACAGCUUUACAAAGAAGGAUCCCUUCCAAGAACGUAGGUGAUAUGAAACUGCAAUGAAGAUGCCAAAUACUGCAGCUUCUUACAGAAGGUUCUGAUGAGUUAUUAGAGGCAUCAAGACAAGAAACCAAACUUUGAACAGAUAGACAAAAUAAAAGUUAUGGUGUGCAUCUUAUGUUUUGAAGUUGCAAAAAAAUUCUGCAGCUAUAAGUAGAUUUAAAAAUUUAUUUGAGGAAAGAUGUGUAAAACAGUUUCUUUUCAUGUUAACUAUCAUAUCUUUAUGUCUACAAACUACGUUUAACCUUUUGUGAUAGUGCAUUCGGUAUUGAGCAUGAGUCAUUUAGCUUCAGCUGUUCUGGUGCACUUGUUUUCGAAGGAAAACACAACAAGAAACUCAUCCGCCUCUCAAAGCACCAAAAAAUAUUUAUAGCUCGCGGUGGUAAAAACAUGUUGUAUCCAUGUUUGAUCGGUUGAUCAUCAAAGAUUAUAUGAAGUACUGUUUGUCACUUUGUAUAUAAGUUAUUUUAAUAAACGUUGUGCAAAAAGAUGCCUCGCUCAAGAAGUGCAUUUCCUCAUUUCCUUCUUAGCUAUUAUCAUAAUAUGGGCUUAUUGACUGUGGGAGGGUGUGACGGUAAAAAUUAUUCUGUCGAGGUCUGAACGCAGCCAUGGGACUGACAGCAACCAGGUCCGUAUAAAAUGACCCACAGUUUAUCCGUCCGGCCCUAGCUGCUGCAUACAUUCUCUUACCUUGCUGUCUGUAUUGAAUUUGAUUUUGUUGCGAAGUUGUGAAAAUGUCUUGCUAAAUUUCCUGAAUAGGGUGCGCUAAUUUUCAGGCGAGUAUUAGGUUACUGGACCGGCCCUGCACACGUCAACAACCGCGCAGUAUUUUUCUGUCUGAUUGUGUGCGGCAGUAGUAUGAGGAGAACACUUGAACGUCUGUUUAACGGCCAAACGGCUGUGCACUGUUUGUGGAGGUUUUGGGCGCAAAAGACUUUUUCUUCUAAGAGUGACUUUCUCAUUUUCAAAGCAAGGCGCGAGGAUGAAAUGGUCUGAAAUUUCCUCUUAAUAAAACUUCAAUUAACAUAACUAUAACACAUGCCGACUUUUAUUACAGCUGCCUUGAGGUUGACAACUUCCCUGACGACACGGCAAACAUUUCGUCUACUGGACCAACGCAAUUUCCGCCUCGUCAUACAGUUCAUCGAAUUGCCGGGGCAAUACGCUGAUGUAAAUUGGAUAAUUAGGUAGAUUAUCGGUGUUUUUUGGCUGUAUAUUUCGCUCUCAGAACAAAAUUGGGUUCCCACAAGAAAAUAACAGUGUUUACGUGCCUAAUUAUGUAAAUUACGCUGAAAACGUGAGCAGAAUAUCCCUUGAGGAAGUGAAGCAGACAAAGCAAACUAUCCGUACGUUAUAUAAUCGUUUUUGUUGGCGGCUAAAUAAAAUGCUUUGCAAUGAAGUGACAGCUAAUUUCUUUUAGUUUUCAACUUCCACAUUUGCUGAUCUUUUUGUUUUCUGAAGUGAAAUGUCAACACAAAUUCUUUUGGCACCCCAAUGGCGGAUAUUGUUUAGUACUUCUGGUCGGAAAUCGUUUUUCAAAUUAUGAUAUUCAAUAAGAGCCUCACAGGAGUUUUGCGAAACUAAGGAACGUGGUCAUUAAGGGAUAAUUAUUAGAUCGAGUUGAAGGAACAAGAGAUAUCUCUGUUAUUCUAAGUUCUUAAGUCUCGGUGAUGUAUUUUUAGCCUUGUGAUUGGUUUACGGACUCUUGGUUGCCAGCUACCAUUUCAGCUGAGUUUGACCGCAUACGGAAAAUAAAUCCGGCAAGUGUCAUGUAUUUUAGGAUUUUUCGCCCAUAAUGGAAAAUUUUGUCAGAAAAAACGGCUGAAAACGGCACAUUUCCUCGUAGGGGCCAAGCACGGUGCUUGCA